CGUAGGUUUAGUCGCUUUAAAGCCGAACCGCUCAACUUAUUGAAAUCGCUGCUCUGCGUUCGUUGCCUAAGUCUUUUGUUCUUUAAUAUUUAGUAAGUGAGUGAGUGUGUCCGUGCUCAAAAUGAAAUACGCCGUUAUUGCGAUCGCCCUCUUCGCCGUGGCAGCCGCCGCCUCUGAUGCUGGUCAGUUUGUGCCCAAAUCAUUCUUCACACUGGAUGCUGAGGGUCAUGCGUCCAAUGUACAUGCAGUCAAUGAGCAUCUGUUGAAACGUCUGCGUCGUGAUACAUACAGCUCAUCAUCUUCCUCCUCGUCCUCCUCAUCGAGCUCUUCGAAUGGUGGCAUCACCUUUACAUCCAACACGCAUGUAGUUCAAGAUCAUGAUGGUUCCAUCCAUGGACAGUCCAGCUACCAAACGCUUGGCGGAGGCGGUGCACCAGCCGCCGUUUCGCUCGAAUCUCGUUUUGGCGACGACUCGGCUAGCUCAGGAGCUGCAGUCAGCAGUGGCCGUCCAAGCGGUGCCAAUCGUCCACACGGCUCAGGCACCUACAACUCCGACAGACAGCGUCCACCUGGCUCCUUUGGCACCACCAGCUUCCACCAGGAUCGUUAUGGCAACCGCAAGACCGAAAAGAUCCAGGGCGUCGUCCGCCCCGAUGGACAUGUGCAAGUGACCGAACACAAGGUGGCAUACCCCAAAAACUAAGCUAUUAAAUUAUAUUCAAAAGAA